AUGAGAAUAUUAUUCUUCAUCAAAAUUAACGAAGAAAGUACAAGUAUUUUUGGAUGUCUUUUGUCAAAUCGUUUUCUUUGUGCUUUCUUUGGGUUAGCUCAACUUACAUUUAUUAUUAUAUCAUUCUAUCAACAUAUCUUUUCGUAUUCAAAAUUUAAACAAAUAUUUCAUUGUCAUUCAAAUAUAUCAUCAAAUGCAACAAUAGAAGAAAAAUUUAUGGCAUAUGAUGUCAUAAUUUUUGAUUUUGGUUUAAUGCAUCGAAUUUUAGGAACUACAGAAUGUGUUGCAAAUUAUUUAGAUGGUGGUUAUAUGAGAGCAAUGUGGUGUAUUGAACAUGGUACUUCAUUAACAAUAAUGUUGAUUAAUAUUACAUGUUUACAAAAAUAUGUAUGGUUAAUGUGGCCAGCAUUAUUAAUGGAAAGUUCAUAUGCACUAGGAAUGUCCAUUUUAACAAUGGCAACAGCUCCCAAAAUACUUGAAGCCCUUGGUGGUGCAGUUGAUAAGGAAUUGGCAUUAUUAUUAUUAUAUUAUUUAAUAGGUUUUAUUUCAAAUUGGUUUUUUACAUUAGUUAUGUGGCAUUAUUAUUGGCACAUUGAAAUGACAUAUUCACCACCACCUCCAAUUCAGACACGCCCAAAAGUAAAUCGUCGUUCCAGGGCCUCUAUGUCCAGUCAUGUGGCAGCUGUCCUAAGAAGAACAUCAAAAUCAAAUAUAUUUCCUGGUCAUUUAACUAUGAAAAAUGAUGAUGAAAUAGCUAUUAAUAAUUUAAAAAAAGAUGACGAAAAUUAUCAUAGAAUAAACUAUCGCAAAAACAAAUAUGUGGAUUAUUAUAGUAAUAACGUUGGUACACAUGUGUAA